GAAAUCCAAAUGUCAAACUGGUGGAAAAUCAAAGAGGACAAUUCAAGGAACUCAUAAAAAUACUAAACAGAACGCUGCAGUAGACUGUAAAAUAACAUCAUCUACAACUGGAGAUAAACACUUUGAUAAAAGUCCCACUAAAACAAGGCAUCCUCGGAAAAUUGAUCUAAGAGCUAGAUACUGGGCAUUUCUUUUUGACAAUCUUCGCCGAGCAGUAGAUGAAAUCUAUGAAACUUGUGAAUCAGAUCAGAGUGUGGUAGAAUGUAAGGAGGUGCUAAUGAUGCUGGAUAACUAUGUAAGAGAUUUCAAAGCAUUGAUUGACUGGAUUCAACUUCAGGAAAAGCUAGAGAAGACAGAUGCUCAAAGCAGACCAACUUCUUUGGCUUGGGAAGUAAAGAAAAUGUCUCCAGGACGUCAUGUGAUUCCAAGUCCAUCAACAGAUAGAAUAAGUGUGACAUCAAAUGCUCGAAGAAGCUUAAAUUUUGGGGGUUCACCAGGCACAGUGGCUGCUCCCCGUCUGGCUCCUACAGGUGUCAGUUGGGCUGACAAAGUAAAGGCUCAUCAUACAGGCUCUCCUGCUGCUUCAGAUGUAGCUCCUGCUCAGUCGUGCCCACCAAUGACAGUGCAGAAGACUUCUCGCAAAAAUGAACGGAAAGAUGCUGAAGGAUGGGAGACUGUUCAAAGAGGAAGGCCUGUUCGUUCACGAUCAACAGCAGUGAUGACAAAAGUUUCAGUAGCAACAGAAACAUUAAGGUCAAAGGAUGACAGUGAUAAAGAAAAUAUACAUCUUUUACCUGAUGAAAGCAUACGGAAAGGUGAAUUUCCUGGAGAUGGACCUUCUAAUACUAUAGAAUCUUGGUCCAAGGACUCCUUACACUCUUGUGACCAUCCUCUUGCUGAAAGAACCCAGUUCACAGUGAGUACAUUGGAUGAUGUCAAGAACUCUGGCAGUAGUACUUUACAAGACAGUUCUGUGCGAACUUCUGAAAUACCUGCUGUUCACAUUGAUACAGAGUGUGUUUCAAUUACUCAGCAAGCUGACACACCUCCUUUGCAAGCAAAUGACAUGUUUUCAACAGAGAAAGCAGGGAUAGAAAGUGAAAUGGACCCUUCAGAUAUUUCAAAUGUGAGUGCUGCUAACUUGUCCAUGGCAGAAGUUCUUGCUAAAAAAGAGGAGCUGGCAGAUCGUCUAGAAAAGGCCAAUGAAGAAGCCAUUGCUAGUGCUAUUGCUGAAGAGGAGCAGUUAACCAGAGAAAUUGAAGCAGAAGAAAACAAUGAUAUUAAUAUUGAAACCGACAACGACAGUGAUUUUUCUGCCAGCAUGGGCAGUGGGAGUGUAUCUUUCUGUGGUAUGUCUAUGGACUGGAAUGAUGUCCUUGCAGAUUAUGAAGCUCGUGAAACUUGGCGCCAAAAUACAUCAUGGGGGGAUAUUGUAGAGGAGGAACCUGCUAGACCUCCAGGCCAUGGAAUUCACAUGCAUGAAAAACUUUCCUCACCGUCUCGUAAAAGAACAAUUGCAGAAUCUAAGAAGAAACAUGAAGAAAAACAAAUGAAAGCACAGCAGCUAAGGGAAAAGUUACGUGAAGAGAAAACAUUAAAGCUUCAGAAAUUAUUAGAAAGGGAGAAAGAUGUCCGGAAGUGGAAGGAAGAAUUAUUAGAUCAACGACGCAGGAUGAUGGAAGAGAAAUUACUUCAUGCUGAAUUUAAACGAGAGGUGCAAUUACAAGCAAUUGUUAAAAAAGCACAAGAGGAAGAAGCUAAGGUAAAUGAAAUUGCCUUCAUAAAUACCCUUGAAGCCCAGAAUAAGCGCCAUGAUGUCUUAUCAAAAUUGAAGGAAUAUGAGCAGAGGCUUAAUGAGUUACAGGAAGAACGUCAGCGAAGACAAGAAGAAAAACAAGCACGUGAUGAAGCUGUUCAGGAACGCAAGAGAGCUCUAGAGGCAGAACGGCAGGCCCGUGUAGAAGAACUGUUGAUGAGAAGGAAAGAACAAGAAGCCCGAAUUGAACAACAGAGGCAAGAAAAGGAAAAAGCCCGUGAGGAUGCUGCCCGAGAAAGAGCUAGAGAUAGGGAAGAACGAUUGGCCGCACUCACAGCUGCUCAACAAGAAGCAAUGGAAGAGCUACAGAAAAAAAUUCAGCUCAAGCAUGAUGAAAGCAUUCGAAGGCACAUGGAACAGAUUGAACAAAGAAAAGAAAAAGCUGCUGAGUUAAGCAGUGGGAGGCAUGCAAAUACUGAUUAUGCCCCCAAACUGACCCCUUAUGAAAGAAAGAAGCAAUGUUCCCUCUGCAAUGUCCUGAUCUCUUCAGAGGUGUAUCUUUUUAGCCACAUUAAAGGAAAAAAACACCAGCAAGCUGUGAGAGAGAAUAGCAGCAUCCAAGGGCGUGAACUUUCAGAUGAAGAAGUGGAGCAUCUUUCUUUAAAGAAGUAUAUUAUUGACAUUGUGGUUGAAAGUGCAGCUCUACCAGAGCCUUUGAAAGAUGGAGAAGAGCGGCAGAAAAAUAAAAAAAAAGCCAAAAAGAUAAAAGCCCGGAUGAACUCCAGGGCCAAGGAAUAUGAGAGCUUAAUAGAAACAAAAAAUUCUGGAUCUGACUCACCUUAUAAAGCAAAGCUUCAGCGAUUAGCUAAAGAUCUUCUAAAACAACUACAAGUACAAGACAGUGGCCCAUGGGCAAACAAUAAAGUUUCUGCUUUAGAUCGGACCCUAGGCGAGAUCGCUAGAAUAUUGGAAAAAAAGAAUGUAGCAGAUCAGAUUGCAUUUCAAGUUGCUGGUGGAUUAACAGCCCUUGAACACAUUCUUCAAGUAGUAGUCCCAACCACAAAUGUGAACACAGCUUCACGAAUUCCUCCUAAGUCUCUCUGCAAUGCAAUCAACGUUUACAACCUUACCUGCAAUAACUGCUCAGAAAAUUGCACCGAUGUUCUGUUUAGUAACAAGAUUACCUUCUUAAUGGACCUCCUGAUACACCAGUUGACGACACAGGGCAUAUCACCAAGCGAGAAGCAGUACGGUGCCUCCGGAGGGCAAGGACCAGGCCCAUGGUAGCCAGAGUGAGGGAUACCACCGUGGCCAGGCCUAAGCCCAGCAACACAGAGGUGUGAGGAGAGGUGGGCCCCUCCACACCACGAUCACCAGCCUUUCCCAGGAAGAUCAG